AUGGGUCGUCGGCGUCCGACAUGGCAACUCGCUCGUAGUUCGUCUAGUGUCUUUGAUCUCGUCUGCGAUAAGGCAAUCUACGUGUCUAUAGCGUCGUCCAUGAUUUUUCUGGGCUUCCUACUCGGUGGAAUAAGUGUUGGUCCUUUUGCAGACAAGCUUGGCAGACGACAUACAAUCUAUGUGUAUGGUUUCAUAAUCGGUGUCUUUAGCCUUCUCACCGCUUUCCCUCAUGCCUAUUGGUUGUUUGCUGUCUUCCGUUUCCUCAUCGGAUUUGGUGUUGGUGGUGCUAGCAUUGGGAUUUACGUGUUAGUGACGGAAAUGGUUGGUGUUCGUCAUCGUAGUAUGAUUGGCGUGUCAUUGUGGUACUGCUGGACCUUAUCCCUGCUGUUCCUGGACCUUCUUGCAUACCUUAUUCGUGACUGGCGAACAUUGGCCAUCGUGACUGGAGUUCCAGGCAUUCCUAUUGUUCUCGGAUGGUUCAUCACCAGAGAAUCCCCUCGCUGGCUGGUAUUACAAGGAAAGCUAAAAGAGGCUGGGGUAAUUCUCAACCGAAUCGCCGAAGUAAACGGCAAGGAAAUGCCGGAAGAGAAACUUCAAUACGAACCAGAAAAACAGGUUAGAAUGGGAGAUUUGCGUGACCUAUUCUCGUCCAAAAAGAUGGCCCACAAGUCUUUGCUGUCAUGGUAUCUUUGGUUCGUAUCUGGGAUGGUUUAUUACGGUGUAUACCUCAGCACUCCUAAUGUUGGUGGAAACCUGUACCUGAACUUUUUCCUGACAAGUUUUAUUGAAGUGUUUUGCCUUCCAUUUAUCGUGUGGUCGUCAAACAGGUUUGGUCGGAAAAAAGUCAUCGUGGCAAGUUUGAUCCUCGCGGCGAUUUCUUCUAUUGGAGCGGUACUGUUCACCACACAAGACAAUUCCAACAAAGGUUUGUUAAGCAUUAAAUGA